GUAAUGCUCUUGCUCUUGCUCUGUCUCUCUCUCUCUCUGUCUGUCCGUCUGUAAGUGUAGAUGCAUAUAAAUAAUAUAUGUGUGUGUGGUGAAUACAUGGCAUAUGUAACAACCAAGAUGCUCUGGACAGAGCAACAGCAUACAACCCCUCCAAGUUGCGGUAGCAGACAACCCUUCACGCUGCCUUUACAGCUCCACCCAAAAUAGCCUCCCCUCUACCCCAACCCCCCUAAAUAUUAAUCUCUCUAUCUCUCUCUCUCAUCUUCAAGGCCACAUCUUGCCACCGAAAAUCUUCUCUACUGCUGGUGUCAUCAUAUACAGCAUCUUCUACUUGGUUUGGUUUUCCAUUCUGGCUUCUGUCUCCCUCUGAAACUUGUUCACCCACCGCCAUUGAUUCUUGCUCUAUUUUAACUUCUGUUGUUUUACCCUUUUCAAAUUUAAUUUUUAUAACUGGUUCAGAGAGCUGGUCUGAGUGGGUUGUGGUUGUUGUUGUUGUUGUGGUUGCACAAAUAGUAGUAGAAGUAAACCCUGAUCGUGCGUCGGUGCGGGGUCACUUUCUGUCGGCAUUUUUGCUGUGAUGCUGACGCACAGUUAGCCAUUUCCAAUUACAAUUAUUCUCAAUUCCCAAUCCGCCGCUCUCCAACUACAAAGCCCAGAUAGAUAGACAGAUGAUUCUGCUUCUGAGGGGUUCGAUUAUCCGGUUGAUUGCCGGAAGUAGCAAUCGCAGCGGAAGCGGCGCCGCUUCGAGCAUUUGAAAUUCGCCUGACAGCUUGGCGAUUCCCCCCUGAUUUCCCCUUGCAUUUGUCUAUUCGAACCGCGGAUCUUCAACUCGGCGAUGCUGUUCUAUUUCGAUCUGAAGCUCUCGUCUGCUGGAGCAAUUAUCCGAAUUGCCAUUGGCAAAUGAUGCUCGACAGGUUUGGGAAUUCGACACUCUUUCCCUGUGCAUGUCGAAUAAAGUUUGAAGUUUAUCUUGUUCUAAAGGGAAUAAGUGAAUAACAUUAUCGGUUCCUUUAAGUCCUGCUCCUCAAAAUGUGCAUCUUCAGUGGAUGGGAUUGUUUUCCCCAUAACUUGAAUCUUCCAAUGGAAUGUUUUAGCCUGUCUGUUAGAUUACAUGUGCUUAAUUUGCUAUGAAUAUUGCUAUGUCUAUUCCUAGCUCAUUUAAUGGAAACUAAUGAAGUUUUCAAUUAGAAAUUUAGUGAUUUCUUCAUCACACAAUCUAUGACUAAAGGUUUAAAUUUUGUUUUAUGAAGUUCAAAUGCUAUAGUUAAAUUUUGUUUUAUGAAGCUCAAAUGUUAUAGAUGUGAAUGUGUUGGAAACGGUUUAGAGUUGAGAAAAUGAAAAGGGAUCAGACAAGAAUUAGUUCGAACGAGUAUUGGAUCCUUUGGGCAGUUACGGUCAAUCUAAAAUUGUAUAGUUUGUCUGUUGUGUGAAGGUAACAGCCUGUCUUUUUCGAAGAAUACUUGCAUUCCGUUUUAGCCAUAGAGUAGUUGCAUGACUGCAGCAUCUUAUCUCUUGUCUCGUGUUUCUUUGUUUGGCAUUAGUCUGGUAUUAAGCCAACUGCCUAAGGUUUAGCAUUUGGAUCCCUGUCCAUGUUCUGCAGAUCAAUACAUGUUCAUUUGAGCUUUCUUUCUAUAUCCAAAUUGACCUUUUAUGUCACUCAGUUGCAGUUUUGCUCUCUCUUGUCAGAUGCUUAAUCUUAACAGCUUAGCACACAGGGUGGGUUUCUAUUAAAUUCUAAGAGGUUUUAUGUCUGCAAUACUGCUUACUGCUUUCUCUAAAAAAUUUCCAUUGCUUUAUGAUGAAAUGAUGGAAUAUUCUUAACUGGUGAUUAUAUCUUUUCCAUCCUGUUUAGUUUAGAGAUGAUAAAGGAUUUUUCACUGGCUGUUAUGUUUACAAGAAAAGAGAGAUUCCAGCUUGCUGUUUUUGCAGUCUUUCUUUGUCCCAGCUGAGAUUCUUUUUGUUAUAUUCUGUUUAUAUUAACUAUAACGUCAGGUUCCAUGUGUGAUAACUCACGUCCAACCAUCCGAGUUUUUCUUAACUCAGCAGCUGAAGUGGUGCCCGGACCAAAUGUCAACGACUCUUGCAGCAAUACUGGGAGGAGCUGCAGGAGCCGUGGCAUUGGUGGUGAUUGUGAUUAUAGUUAUAUGGUUCUGUCUAUUUCGUGGCAGAAGUUUUUCAAGAACUUCUGAGACAGGCUCUUCUGAACCAUCCCAGGCAGGAAGACCUCUUGCGAUCGAGAUGACCAUGCGAGAAUCAAGGCGCUUUGAGUUGGAAGAAUUAUCUUUGGCUACAAAAAAUUUCAGUGAUAAAAGUUUGAUUGGAGAAGGAAAAUUUGGGGCGGUAUACAAAGGCUUGCUAAAUGAAGGGAUGCUUGUAGCCAUAAAAAAGCGUGCUGCUCCACCAAGCCAGGAAUUCAUUGAAGAGGUUCGAUAUCUCUCAUCCAUUCAACACCGGAAUCUUGUGACGCUUUUAGGCUACUGCCAGGAAAAUGGUCAACAGAUCCUUGUUUACGAGUAUAUACCUAAUGGAAGUGUUUCCAUUCACUUGUAUGGUGCUGGUCAGGUCUCACAGGAGAAGCUAGAAUUUAAGCAUAGGCUUUCUAUAGCUCUAGGUGCUGCUAAAGGUUUGGCUUAUCUCCACUCUUUAAGCCCACGUUUGGUGCACAAGGAUUUCAAGACAGCAAAUGUUCUUGUGGACGAAAAUUUCAUAGCUAAGGUUGCAGAUGCGGGUGUCCGCAAUUUCCUUGGGAGAGUUGAUAUUGCGGGGCCAUCUUCUCUAGUGGCAGCAGAUGAGAUAUUUCUUGCUCCAGAGGUUAGAGAAUUCAGAAGAUUUUCUGAGAAAAGCGAUGUAUACAGUUUCGGGAUAUUUCUUCUGGAGUUACUAAGCGGGCGGGAAGCAAUGGGCUUGCUGUCUUCGGAUUAUAACCAAAACCUGGUCGAAUGGGUACAUAAUUGUCGGGACUCUGGCACGAUGUCUGACAUCAUCGAUCAGCGACUGGGAAACAGCUUCACCGCGGAAGGGAUGGAAGAGUUCAUCCAGCUGAUAGUGCAGUGCGUGGACCCGUCGAGCGAGAGACGGCCGGCCAUGAGCUACGUGGUGAUGGAAUUGGACCGAAUACUGGAGAAAGAGAUGAGCCUGACGACCAUCAUGGGAGAAGGAACCCCGGUUGUCACCCUCGGAAGCCAACUUUUUACGGCCUCAAAAUGAUUCACCUUUCUUUCUUUCUUUCCUUCUUUGCCUUCAUCAUAUAUUAUAUAUAUAUAUGUCCAUAUAUAUAUAUAUAUAGUGUGUUCUUUUCUUGGUGAGAGAUAUUUCAUUUCAUUUUUUUAUUUUUCCAAAUACCCCCCUCGCCCCCCCCCCCCCCAGAAGAAGAGUUCCAGCCAGCCAGCCAGCCA